AUGGUAGUGGCUUCAAUACAGUGCGUGAUCGCUGGUCAAGCAGGAAGCUCGUUCGAUGUGGAGAUCGACGAUGCUGCGAAGGUUAGCAAGUUGAAGAAGGCGAUCAAGGAAAAAAAGUCCAACGAACUCAAAUAUGUCGAUGCAGACAAGCUGCAGUUCUUCCUGGCGAAGCAGCCCGUUGUAGAGGAGAGCAGCAAAGAGGUCGUUCCUGAUUACCGCCCUUCUGCGAAGGAGAUGAAGGAAAGGCUCAAAUGGCUCCCAGACGAACAUCGGGCUGCUCUGAAGCUGGUGAAAGGAGAAUCCGACGACUACAUCAAUACGCUGAUUGCCGGAGAACAGAUUCUAGGCUCAAAGACCUUAGCAACGUGGUUCUACACGAAGAACAACAUGGAGCUCCCAUCCAGUGAACAAAUUCACAUGCUGGUGAAGGUGCCGGAGGGGGCUUCAGCAGUGCCUCUUCCAACGACCACUGCACUGAAAGAGCCGAACACAUACGCUGAGGAGUGCUUGUCGAUCCAAGAAUGGGACAUUGGCGUUGUGCACAAGAUUCCUCUGAUUUGGGAAUUCAUGAGGAAAUUGGGCAGAUGCACAAACAGUGGGAAAAUCUAUUGGCGAAUCGAAGAUAAGCAAGUCGUAUCGGUGCUGGUGGAUGGCUGGUUUCGUGCGUCUUCUCCCUCGAACAUUAACGUGCAUGCAAACAAGAAGAGUAUUGUGAUGGGCUCACCAGGGAUCGGCAAGUCGACGCUGUUGUGUUUAUUGGCCUUUUAUCUCGUUUUCAAGCACAAGAAGAAUGUGUUGAUGUACCGGCGAUUGACCUUAUUCAAGCAAGAGAACUGCCUGUUAUAUCUGGGAUACGACGGUGACAAGGUCGUAUUUUUUUCAAAAGAGUCGUGCAAAGUAUCGGAAGCCGAACCUAUCUACCAAGCGUUGCGGCGACAGCACGGUGAUGCGAAUGCGUGGCUGUUGUUGGAUGGAUUUCACCAUCACCAAAUCCCAGAAGGCCUCCAAACGUACAACGUGCUGGCGACCUCGCAGCAAGUGAAGUUGAAAAAUCAAGAAAUUACUGAUGCGUACCUCUGCCUGUUUCCGUGCUGGAGAAAGCAGGACCCUUUCAAGCUGGGAGAGCAAGUGUACCAUUUUGACGCGGUGGAGAUGGAUAAUCGAUAUUACUAUUCUGGUGGAAGCGUGCGCCUUUUCACUCUCCCAACCAUCGACUUGAUCGAACAAGCGGUUCGUGUUGCACUCCACGGGGUGACUGAUGUCGCUCGCAUUAUAUCAACCCAAUCAACUAGCGCGACGAACGACUCACAGGUGGACCGCAUGCGCCGCACAUUUAUCGAGGAUGUGGCGAAUUUGACACACUAUACCAAAUCAUCACAUUGGCAGCAAAUGGUGGACUCGGAAUACGCUGCGUAA